AUGGCCUGCCGUUUGGAGUCUGCACUGCUGCUGCUGCUGCUGCUGCUGGGGUCUGCGAGCUCCGCCGGCGAGAAUCGCUGCGUGGACGCGGCCGAGGCGUGCACGGCAGACGCGACGUGCCAGCAGCUGCGCUCGGAUUACGUGGCCCGAUGCCUGGGUCGGGCGGCGCCCGGGGGCCGCGGCGGAGCCGGGGCCUGCGCGCGCUCCCGCUGCCGCCGCGCCCUGCGCCGCUUCUUCGCCCGCGGGCCUCCGGCGCUCACGCACGCGCUGCUCUUCUGCGGCUGCCACGGCCCCGCGUGCGCCGAGCGCCGGCGCCAGACCUUCGCGCCCGCCUGCGCCUUCGAGGGCCCUGGGCCGGCGCCGCCCUCCUGCCUGGAGCCCCUGGAGCGCUGCGAGCGCAGCCGCCGCUGCAGGCCCCGUCUCCUUGCCUUCCAGGCCUCGUGCGCUCCGGCGCCCGGCUCCCCCGACGGCUGCCCGGAGGACGCGGGCCCGCGCUGUCUGCACGCCUACGCAGGCCUCGUAGGCACCGUGGUCACACCCAACUACCUGGACAACGUGAGCGCGCGCGUCGGGCCCUGGUGCGGCUGCGGGGCCAGCGGAAACCGGCUCGGAGAGUGCGAAGCCUUCCUCCAGCUCUUCACCAGGAACCCCUGCUUGGAUGGUGCCAUAGAAGCCUUUGACAGCUUGCAGCCGUCAGUUCCGCAAGACCGGCAGAACCCCUACCAGAACGCUGGGCACCGUCUCCCACAGGCAGACCGGAGUAGGGGCGUGCGUGGGCGUGAGUGGCCUGGGAGGAGAUGGAGGCAGAAGCAGCCUCCAUUUUGUCCUCACCCUCAAGGUGUCCUCGCUGUCCGUACUCACUGCCCUGGCUCUCCAGGCCCGGCUCUGACUAGGAGGGCUGACCGUGGACCGCACAGCUGACUGCCAUGUCCCUGGCUUGCUGCUCGCUGGACUCAAACUGCCUUGCCCUCAGGUCCUGCUGUCUGGACACCUGUGUGCCUGUGCCCUGGACUGAGGGCUGGGGGCUAGGGUCUGACUGAAAAGCCUCUGCUUCCCCUGUCAGUAGGCAUCUUGGCUGUUUUCUUCACCAUCCUUGAGAUGAUUACCUGUAGAGGAGGCCUCGCUGGGCCCCUUAUGCUUAGAGAGCAGGAGAGAGACUAGCCUCUGCCUAUCUUCUUCCGGACAGACCGACAACAGGGAAGACUGCCUCCCAUUAACACUGCAGCCGACAGACCCUCCCAGGUAGCCGUUCCUGGGCAUUAAGCCUACCGUGGCCCAGGACUAGCACUGACAUUGCUUGCGGCCCAUGGCAUUAAAGAGGGACGCUCAGGCCCCUCCUGCUCAGCAGCCCACUGGCUCCAUAGCCUUUCCCCCUGUGGUUUCCCCAGCACCAGGUGCGGCACACCACCAGCUCAAUAAACCCAGGUGCACUGAGACCAGCCUGGUUUUUCUGUCAUCUGACCUGAAUAUGUGGACUCCUGUGUGGCCUUAGAUACCCCUGGAACCAUUUUUGAGUCUGAAUACCUGAGAAUGAACACACCCAGCAGCCAACCACUGAGACGAGUGCACGUAUUGCGACUCCUUUGCACACUCAAAGCUGAUGUUUGCUGGUGUUAUCAGCCAGCCCCUGGCUUUAGUCAUAUCUCUCCUAAGUGUAAACAGGUCAAAGUGGUCGGAGUAAAUGGCCAGGCAAGCUGGGCUUCAGGCACGUCUGUCUCUAGGGUUCAGGGAUCUUGGGAUUGCUAGUCUUCACAGAGCUGCCCAGCAGGUAGGAAGGGCCCACUGAAGGGCAGGUUAGGAUGCUACCACACUUUAUGUGCUCUUAGCAUCUCAACAGAGAAUCCUAAGGGAAAGGCAUCGCUCUUUCCCAGCACUCACAGAUGACGUGCUAACGGCCCAGUGUGGGUCGCGGGCCUUCGCUGAGAGAGUCACAGCCAGAAGGCCACCUGGUGUGAGAGGACGGUUUCCCAAAGAAGGUAUUGGGCAGAGUGAGCGUGAAGCUGGGUCCAGACUCUUCCCAUUUCACGAAGAGGAGAGAAGAGCCUUCCCCGCCUGCAGGGAAAUGGACACCUGUGCCUGUGUGGGUGGGGAGAGACAGCGUGCUGGAGCCAGGGAAUAAUGAAAGCGCCAUUCUGCCCUGCUUACUACAACCACGAAGCGGCUCAGACACAGAAGAAAACAUCUGUUAAGUGAUUUCCUUACGAGUGUGCCCAACUCCACUGCUUGUUUGACUUUGAUUUAGCAUAAAUGUAGACCUUGAAUUUUAUGUGUGUGCCGAGUAUACAUAUGUGUACCAUGCGCGUGCGGGUGCCCACAGAGACCAGGAGAGGACAUUACCUUGGAACUGGAGUUCUAAGAGGCUGUGAGCCAUUUGAUGUGGGUGCUGGGAAUAGAAGCCAGGUCCUCUGCAAUGCUCUCAAACACUGAGACAUCUGUAGGCAUUUUUAAAAAGUGGAAAUGAUUCUAAAUAAGACUACAAUGCUGGACAGAAAGUGUAGACAUAAGCCGUCCAAGACUAGUAGGAAGACGAACAGAAAAUCCUGAAGUUCCCUGGCAGCUGGUAGUCCUAGGGCCAGGCACCUGCAAAUGUAUCACACACUGGGGCCAAAGGGUCACCCUGUAUGGUAAAGGUGGGAUUACAGUACAGGUCUUGAGGAGGGUUAGCCAAGCAGGCCCUAGACACAAUCUCAUGUUCCCUCUAAUAAAACCAGUGCAGAGGGAGGUAGUUCAAGGACAGGCAGAGCUUGGAGCGAUGCAGCCAUAGGCAAGGGAUUAUGAUGUCUGAAGCCACUGCGACUUACAGGAGGCAGAUCUGGGUCCCAAGAGCCUCCAGAGGGGUACAGCUCUGCCAGAAUGCGGAGAACAAACUACCAAGACUGGUAAAUAUUUCAGGAGUCUCAGGAAAUGAAUAAAAUCUACUGUUUUCUUA